GAUAUCGUUAGUUUUUUGGGGUGGGACAUUUUUUAGCUUGAAAUUAUGAAAAAUGAGAAGCAGAGUACGACAAUCUGGCAACGCUGCUUGACACCACUUGUAAACAAACAUGGAGGCAGAGAGGAACCCUGGCAUGUCCCUGGACCUGGCAUGGGUGAAUGGAGUGCAGAUCAACCUCCCGUCGGUGAAGCGCCGCGCCGAGACGAUGGGCACACGGCGCACUGUCAAGAAGCAGUGGCAGGCGGCCUGGCUCCUGCGUGCCGUGACCUGCAUUGACCUGACCACCCUGGCAGGCGAUGACACAGACGCCAAUGUACAGCGGCUGUGUCACAAGGCAGCCCGGCCGGUGCGACACGAUAUCCUGAGCCAGCUGGGCAUGGCGGACGCAGAGAUCCGGUGCGGGGCCGUGUGUGUGUACCCAGCCCGCGUCAAGGGUGCUGUCAAGACCCUGGAGAAGAUUGGCGUGGAUUUACCAGUGGCUGCGGUGGCGACAGGCUUCCCCUCCGGCCAGUACCACCUCAAGACCCGACUGAAGGAGAUUAAGCUUACAGUGGCUGACGGGGCGAGGGAGAUAGACAUUGUGAUCAACAGGGAGAUGGCCCUUAACAACAACUGGCAGGGACUCUACGACGAGCUUGUGGCGAUGCGUAAGGCAUGCGGCAAGGCUCACAUGAAGGCGAUUCUGGCGGUGGGCGAGCUUGGGUCCAUGACGAGGGUAUAUCGCGCGUCCUUGGUAGCGAUGAUGGCAGGCGCGGACUUCAUCAAGACGUCCACAGGGAAGGAGGGAGUCAAUGCUAUCCUCCCUGUUGGUCUCGUCAUGUGCCGCGCCAUCCGAGAGUACCAUCAGCGGACUGGGGUCAAGGUUGGGUUCAAGCCGGCGGGGGGGAUCCGGCAGGCCAAGGAUGCGCUGGUGUGGCUCAGCUUGAUCAAGGAGGAGCUCGGUGAUGCCUGGCUCAAUAACCAUAUGUUCAGGAUCGGUGCCUCGGGCCUGCUGGGGGACAUUGAGCGCCAACUCUUCCACCAUGUGUACGGCCGUUACGCUGCCGGCUCGGAGCUGCCCAUGGCCUAGGGGUGGACUGCACACUGGGGCUAACAGCGGCUGGGUGCUCGGUGCUAAGACUAUAAAAAUGUUAGAUGGAUAGAUAAUUGUGGGAAGAGUUAACAUUCCUUUGAGUAGCGGGCUUUUUUUUAUUAUUGUUUCCUUUUUUUUGUGCCCUUGAGCUGUCUCCUUUGUUGUAAAAAAAAAAAUGAAUUCAGUCCCUUGUAAGUUGAUUGUUUGGGCAUCUUUACUGAGUUCCUCCUCCAUGUCUUUCCUUUCCAUCUUCUUUCAUCUCCUUCCUUAUCUUUGCAUUGUCAUUUAUCUCCUUUCCCUCUUCUCCUUCCUCCUUUUCAGUUUUCUUUUAUCUCCCUUUUCUUCAUGCCCUCAACUCCUCACAUCCAUAUCACUCUUAUUUCAUUCUCCUUGUCCCUCCUCCUCCUCCUCCUCCUCCUCUUCUUCCUUCCAUUAACCCGGUAGCAGCGUGAAUCAUGUUUGUUAAUGGUCCCCCCAAGUGAGAAAAAAGAGAAGAAAUCACCCCCGACACAAACCAUUUCUUAAUGUAUAUCAAGGCAUUUGUGAUCAGUUUAUGCAUCAUUUAUUUUGGGGGGUUUAAAUCAUAGCAAAAAUUUGGCCCGUCGCUGCUACCAGGUUAACUCUCUCUCUUCCUCUUCCUCCUGAGCGUAGUGCAAAGGUUGUAAAAAAUAAUGGGUGUUAAAUUUCACAAAAGAAUUAUCAAAGUGCAAAGAUCGGUGAAUACAUUAGCUAAUAUCACUACUAUAUGCCGAGACAAACAGAAAAAAUAAAUAAGGUUGAGGUAAACAGAGGAAGAUUUCACCCAAGUCUUGGUCUGAAGUCUUUGUAAAGGAGGACUGGUGAUGGUGUUGCCUUUGUUUGUAUAGGUUAAGUUAGUGUGUUAUCCUUGCAUGCUUUUGUCCAUGACCGUAAUGUUCCUAUGUGCCAAAUGUCUGUUGCUCAGGUAUCUGUAAAAUGUGCUUCUGUGUUGGUUUGUGAUGGUAACGCCUCUGUGGUCAGCGUGCCUGUGUGUGAAUCCCGGCCUGGGCAGACACCAUGUAGCCCAGCCGCCGCUCCCAGCUGUUCAUCCUUCCUUUCGAAUUAAUAAAUGUUUACCUGGGGACACCUGGGGAAGGUACCGUAAACUGUGGUAACCCGGAUGUCACACUGGCCCGGGGUGAUGGGUUCCCUUCCACCACAGGCUGAAGUACCCAAAUGAACAUUAAGGCCAUGAAUAGCUUUGGCAUAUGCCCCUGACUUUGUUUUAACCCGAUAGCAGCGAUGGGCCAAAUUUGUGUCUUUACCGUGUACCAGCGACGGGCCAAAUUUAUGGCUUUACCAUGUACCAGUGAUGGGCCAAAUUUGUGUCUUUGCCGUGUACCAGUGAUGGGCCAAAUUUGUGUCUUUGCUGUGUACCAGUGAUGGGCCAAAUUUGUGUCUUUACCGUACCGUGUACCAGCAACAGGCCAAAUUUGUGCCUUUACUGUGUAGCAGCGAUGGGCCAAAUUUGUCUUUACCGUGUACCAGUGAUGGGCCAAAUUUGUGCCUUUACCAUGUACCAGCGACGGGCCAAAUUUAUGGCUUUACCAUGUAGCAGCGAUGGGCCAAAUUUGUGUCUUUGCCGUGUACCAGCAAUGGGCCAAAUUUGUGCCAUGACAUAAACCCCCCAAAAUAGAUGAUGCAUAAACUGAUCGGAAAUGCUUUGCUAUGUAUUAUGAAAUGAUUUGUGUGAGUGAUGAUUUUUUCUAAUUUUUCUCGCUUAGAGGGACCAUUAAGAAACAUGAUCCCCGCUGCUACCGGGUUAAUUUCUGGGGGCGAAAUGAUCGAAGAAGUCAGUUUCAAGCACGAGAAUUACACACAGAGUUAACGUGUUCAGUAAUGUGUUCAUGAUUUCGGUGGUGUUCAGUAAUGUGUUCAUGGUUCUGGUGGUAUAAGUGAUUUCCUGGGUGGUGUUGUUUGUUAAGUUUUAAGACAAUCUAUAAACCCUUCUUGUUAUAUCCUGAUUCAUAUUAUAGAAGGAAACACAUAUGUAUAUUGUACUUGAAUAUGCAUUUUGAAACAUUCCAG